UUCUUAGCGUCAUCUAGCGAUUGUAAUAUUAUCAUUUGCAGCGGAGCAAAUAACCAGUUUGCAAAACGUGAAGGUUCUCUGCAAAAUGGCUGCGUCUGUGAAAGCGGGAAAUUCAGUAAAAGAAUUAUUCGAUAGCAUGGAAUAUGGACCUGCACCAGAGGCUGAUAAUGUUGCUAAGGCAUGGUUGAAGCAGCGUGACAACGAUCUUGGGCAUUUUAUCAAUGGUGAAUGGUAUAAACCAGAGGGAAGAAAAGUAUAUGAUACAUGUUGUCCAGCUACCGGAGAGAAACUUGCGUCAACUAUCCAGGGUGCUCAAGAAGAUGUGGACUAUGCAGUUGGCUGUGCAAGAGAAGCUUUCAAAUCAUGGAGUCAGCUAGAACCCCACGUCAGAGCAAGGCAUUUGUAUGCAAUUGCAAGAAAUGUACAGAAACACCAUCGUUUGAUAGCAGUGAUGGAAUCGUUAGAUAACGGCAAAUCAAUCAGAGAAACAAGAGAUUGCGACAUUCCACUUGUUGCAAGGCAUUUCUAUCAUCAUGCAGGAUGGGCUCAACUGAUGGACACUGAAAUGAGGGGAUGGAAGUCUGUGGGUGUUAUAGGGGCAAUUGUUCCUUGGAACUUUCCACUGAUGUUGCUCACAUGGAAGGUUUGCCCAGCACUUGCAAUGGGAAACACUGUUGUACUGAAGCCAGCUACGUUCACAAGAUUGUCUGCUUUAUUAUUGGCAGAGAUUUGCCAUGAAGCUGGACUACCUCCUGGUGUCUUCAAUGUUGUGACUGGUAAUGGUGCAUUUGGAUCAAUGUUGGCAACUCAUGAUGAUGUUGAUAAAGUUGCUUUCACUGGAUCAACAGGGGUCGGGCAAACGCUACGUCGUCUCACUGCAGGUUCUGGUAAAAAACUCUCACUGGAGCUUGGUGGUAAAUCACCUGUGAUUGUGUUUGACACUGCUGACUUAGACAGCACUGUGGAAGGUGUUGUGGACGCUGUAUGGUUUAACCAAGGACAAGUUUGCAGUGCAGGAUCUCGUCUUCUUAUUCAAGAAAAUAUUUAUGAUGAAUUAAUAUCAAGAAUAAAAGAACGUUUGACUCAUUUCAGGAUCGGACAUUCACUGGAUAAGGCCAUUGAUAUGGGAGCAAUAGUAAGUGAAGGACAACUGAAAACAAUCACAGAAUUUGUUGAAGAAGCAAGACAAGAAGGUGCAGAGAUAUAUCAAGCUCCAGUACCUGUACCAGAGAAAGGUUUAUUCUAUCCACCUACUCUCGUCACAAAUGUUCAAACUGUUUCUAAAAUUGUCAGAGAAGAGGUAUUUGGUCCAGUGUUGGUUGCAUUGCCAUUCAGAACAGCAAAAGAAGCUUGGUCGCUUGGUAACAACACAAACUAUGGUCUUGCAGCAAGUGUUUGGUCUGAUAACUUACCAACAGCUUUGGAAGUUGCAAUUACGCUUAAAGCAGGAGCUGUGUGGGUCAAUUCCCACAAUCUCUUUGAUGCAGCUGCUGGUUUUGGUGGAUACAAGGAGAGUGGAUUUGGAAGGGACGGAGGGAAGGAAGGAUUGUUCGAAUAUGUUAAACCUGAAUGGGAAAAGAAACCUGUGCUGGGAAAAGUUGAGGUUGAUAUGAAGAAAUUUGGUUCGACUUUUGGUGAGUCAUUGAUGCCGGUGCCAGGACAAGGACAGACGGCAAUCACCAGCAUUCAAGAGAAUGGAAUCACCAGACCUUCAGUGGAUCAUACCUACAAAGUAUAUUAUGGAGGAGCUCAGAAACGACCUGAUGGAUGCUAUUCAAGACCUGUGUAUGCACAUUCCGAUGAUGAAAAGAUCAAUCCAAAGACUUCGAAAAUUCUUGCAUAUGUCUCUGAUUCAAACCGCAAAGACGUGAGAAAUGCAGUCGAAGCAGCUCAUAAAGCUGCCCCUGGAUGGGGUAAGAGAGCUGCACAUAACAGAGCCCAGAUUGUCUACUACAUGGCAGAAAACUUGGAAUUGAGGAGAAAAGAGGUUGCUUCAAGGCUUUCACUUUUAACAGGUCAAUCGUUGGACAGUUGUUAUAAAGAAGUUGACUUAUCAAUUCAGAGAUUAUUUUAUUGGGGAGCUUAUGCUGAUAAAUAUGGAGGAAAUGUGCAGGAAACAACACUCUAUGGUUGCACUGUGUUGAUAAGGGAGCCAGUAGGUGUGAUCGGUAUUGCUUGUCCUGAUGAAAAUCCACUUCUUUCGUUCGUAUCAUUGUUUGCUCCUGCAGUUAUUCGUGCCAAUUGUGUCGUUAUUAUUCCAAGUGAGAAAUACCCCAUUCCUGCCCUGGACUUCUAUCAGGUGUUUGACACAUCCGAUCUUCCAGGUGGAGUUGUAAACAUCCUUAGUGGAAGUCGAGAUCAUGUGACUAAAUAUCUUGCAGAACACCAGGAUAUCAACGCUAUGUGGUAUUUCGGAUCCGCUAAGGGAUCGAAAUUUGUUGAAUACACCUCAGCAGAGAAUGUCAAACGUACUUGGGUGAAUUACGGUGUUCCAAGAGAUUGGACAGAUCCUGCGCAAGGCCAAGGAGAAGAAUUCCUUUAUCACUCCACUCAGUGUAAAAAUAUUUGGCUUCCUAUGGGAGUUACCUUCGCUAACUAAGAUUAUACGUAUUCCUUGUUCUUAUGCUUCGAUCAACCUCAAUUGUAAUUUCUUAAAAUAUAAAUUGCUCCAGCUAGCAUUAGUUUGCUUAAAAAUGCCUUGAUUUAAAUGAUUGAAUGGUCCGCUCAUAAUUCACCACUCACUGUUAUUGUAUGGUACAGUGUACUAUACCACAAUUGAAAUUUCAUAAUUUUACACUGGAAAAGGCUUUAUGUAAGAAUUCAGUAAAGUAUCACCAAGUAUGUAAUUAUUGCCCUAAAAUACUAACAAUCCUAAAAUUGUGAUUGUGUAAAUGUCUCUAAUCUAUUCUUCAGUUGUUUGUUUAGGCAUCUUUUAUUCGAAGCUAGAUUUUCAAAUGGAGAAUUUUGAGUUUUCUCGCCACAGCAUGUGCUAUUAAUAAUUUGUACAUAAAGUUCCAGCAGUACGAUUUAUCUUCUCAUCUAUUGUAAACAGCUAGUAAUUUAUCAAUACAAAGUGUCGCAUAACACUUAUUACACACAAUGAAAUGUUGACAAUUGAUACAAAUCGUAUCCUAAUUUUAGACUUCAGGUCAAUUUGUCAUAGCAAGCCAGGUUUUAUUUUUUCUCCCUGAAAAUUAGCAAAGAUGAAAUUAAAACAACGGAAUCUAACAGGGAAGGGAAAUAGUAUGGAAUAAGUUGUGACACCGAAGUGUGGUUAUACUGGGGACGGAAGACUGGACAGAUACAUAUAUAUACUUUCCUGUCUUGAUUUGGCGAGCUUAUUUAUCAUACGUCAACUAAAAUUCCAUACUGGUUCGCUUUACUUUUGGACUGGUUUUAACUAUAAAAUUACUGUCUUGGAUCAGUGGUUCAUGUUUAAUAAUCUGGUAGUGUGCUAAAGUUUCAUUUUGAGCCCUCAGUCACUAAAAUGCUUCUACUUUGCAAGGUUAACUCAAGUUUUUGAAAAUUUUGCUCCACCAUUAUCAUGUGAAUUUAUUUGCCAAUUUUAGUUAUAUGCUAUGUAAUUUGAUGGUGCAAUUUUGUCGGUUUUUGUGAAUACACAUUGUAUAGAAUGCG